AUGCAGUCUGACGACCUUUUCCUACGCAAGUUUUGCCGGCAGAGGCCACGACCCCCUCUGACAACGGUCAACUUUGACUCUAAGCGAGAGGGUGGGUUAAGGGCGCGGGUGGUGACAGGGGAGUGGCCCCCGAGGAGGGAUGGAACAGAUGGGGAGAGUCUUACUACUCCGAGCUGUGUGGGUCUGAACCUGAGGUCAGUGGGCCGAGGACACAUCAUGCAGAGAAGCAACAGUGACGUGACGCUCGGAGACCUGGACUCCUCUGGUAAGGCGGGAGGGAAGGCAACACGGGCGGUGGGGGAGAAGGCAGGUGCCGGGGCCCAGGAGGACUCAGGGGUGGUGCUGCACAGGGAGUAUGGCAGCCUCUCCUCGCUGGAGAGACAGAUAGGUCUGUCAGGAACCCAGGAGCCGAGUGCAGAGGACCAAGGCAUUCUGAGCCCCAAUGCCCUCCGCUUCAAAGACCCCUUUCUGCUGCUGGGCCUGCAGGGAACCCCCCCAGAGCCAGACGGCUUCUUCAGGGCUCUGUCCACCCCCGCAGGAGACACCCCAAAACCAGCCAAGCCCCCAAAGCCUGAGGGGCUGAGCAAGAAGGCCAAGCCCUCUCCUCCACAGAUCCCCCAACCAGGUCCUUAUGACAACCUGGGGGGAGGAGCCUGGGUCAGGAAUUUUGCCCACUAUGAUGUCCAGAGCAUUUUGUUUGACCUCACAGAGGCGGCCAGCAACCGAGACAGCAUCGGCCGCAAAAAAAACAUCACCUCAGGGGCAUCGGCUGCCUCGACGAUGCGUCCCCUCACCCAGGCCACGCCCUCCUCGCCCUCGCAGGGCGGGGGCGGUGUUGGGGGGGCUGUGGAGGACCCCUCCCUGGACGAGGGAGAUGGCAACGACAACGAGCUGCUGCUCAGCUGCCCCCACUUCCGUAAUGAGAUGGGGGGUGAGGAGCGGGCGGGCCUGGGGCAUACGCAAGGCAGAGGGGGUCUGUGGCUGAGCCUGAGGAACCCCAACGAUGCUGUCUCAGUACUGGAGGAACCCAGAGAGAGCCACGUCCAACAGCAGGGCAAGAGCAACUACUUCAUAGAACACGCAGACCUGGGAGCCCAUUACUACCGCAAAUACUUCUACAUGAAAGAUCAUCAGAACUUCUUUGGUAUGGAUGACCGCCUUGGUCCAGUGGCCAUCAGCUUCCGUAGAGAGGAGAAGGAGGGGUCUAGUGGAGCUCAGUAUAACUACAGGAUCAUCUUCAGAACCACUGAGCUGAAGACUCUGCGAGGCUCCAUCCUGGAGGAGUCCGUGCCCUCAGCGGCCCGCCACACCACCCCCCGAGGCCUGUCUCCUAAAAGGCUCCUGGAGUUCAUCAUCCCGGAGCUCAACCUCCAUUGCCUGCGUCUGGCCUCCACCUCACCCAAGGUCCGAGACACCCUGCUCAAGCUGGACGAACAAGGGCUGAACUUCCAGAGGAAGGUGGGGGUGAUGUACUGCCGUGCAGGCCAGAGCUCUGAGGAGGACAUGUAUAACAACGAGAGCUCGGGGCCGGCCUUCGAGGAGUUCCUGGAUCUGCUGGGGGAGCGGGUGAAUCUGAAAGGCUGGGAGAAGUACCGAGCUCAGUUGGACACCAAGACGGACUCCACAGGGACCCAGUCCCUCUACACACACUACCAGGACUAUGAGGUGAUGUUCCAUGUGUCCACCAUGCUGCCCUACACGGCCAACAACACACAACAGUUGCUGAGAAAGAGGCACAUUGGGAAUGACAUAGUGACCAUAGUGUUCCAGGAGCCAGGGGCUCUGCCCUUCACUCCUAAGGCCAUCCGCUCCCAUUUCCAACAUGUCUUCAUCAUCGUCCAGGUGGAACAGUCCUGCUCUGACCAUACCUACUACAGGGUGGCGGUGACACGCUCCAAAGACAUCCCGUUAUUUGGGCCUCUGUUCCCCAAGGGUGCUCGAUUCCCCCGUUCCCCUGCCUUCAGAGACUUCCUGCUGGCCAAGGCGGUGAAUGCUGAGAACGCUGCAGAGAAGGCGGAGAAGUUCCGCUCUAUGGCCACCCGGACACGACAGGAGUACCUGAAGGACCUGGCAGAAAACUACGUGACCACCACGCCAAUUGACUCCUCCACCAAGUUCCCUCUGCUGUCCCUGGGGAGCAAACGCAAAGACAAACUAAAGGGGGCCAAAGGGGCAGAGCUGCACAGUGCUGGGGCGUUGGUCUGGGCUGUGAUGGCCACCAGUGGGAAUGAGGGGGAGACAGGAGGACACAAGCUACCCUGUCUACUGGGGGUUUCAGCUGAAUCAGUGGUGCUGAUCGAGAGAUACACACGGAGGGUGGUGUUCAACUGCUGCUGCCGCGAUGUGAUUGGCUGGAAGGCGGUGAUAGACAGCAGGGCCAUAGGCGGGCCUUGCCUGGAUAUCUUCUAUGAGAGGGGGGAGGCUGUGUCAAUCAGUGUGAUGGACAGCCAGGCGGAGGAGAUACGGGAGAUGGUGCAGAGACUGGAGUUGGUGACACGGGGGUGCGAGGCACGGGAGGUGACCCCCCUGCGUGACGGGGUGGGCCAGCCAGGCUUCCUGAUGAGCGAGGAGGGCUUUGUGACGGAUCUGCAGCGGUUCGGCUAUGCGGAGAGCGGGGGUCUGCAGCUGGGGGCGCGGGUGGUGCGUCUGUGUGGCCAUGCCCUGGUGCACCUAGGACCAGAGGAGAGAACCAGACUCCUCCGCACCGCCCACAAGAUCCACAUCACCGUCAUCCCUCCAGAUGAGAACGGCAAGCCCCGCAGGAGUUUCUCAGAGUUAUACCAGAAAGCCAUCCAGGAUGCAGAGCGUAAGCCUGGGGAGGGCCAGUCUGGAGAGGCCUGGGUGCUGGACGAGAGGGAGGAGGAGGAAGACCUGCCUCUGUUACGGGCCACCUCCCUGCAGGACCACCCACUCAACCAGAUCGUGGAGAUCACCCCCUCCCAGCUAACACGCAGCUACUCCCUAGAGAGGCACCCGUCCUGCCGAGACAUAUGUGACAGGCAUUUGUAUGACAACGUGGGUGUGAAGUUGAAACAUCACAUCUAUGAGAACCCAGAGGAGCUGAGAGACACCACGCCUGACCUCAUCCUGGCUGUCAAACCCAAGAUGCCCCUGGACGAGGAACAGUUUGUGGGGGCUGAGUUGGGUGAGGAGAGGCCAUCAGCGAGUGACCCCUCCCUGUCCUCCACCCGGUUGUCAUGUCUGAACAGAGCGGAGAGAAACUCCCGAGCCCUGAGCCUACACAACUCCAUCACCAAGAUCCUGUCGGAGACCACAGAUUCCUCAGAGGAGGAGUGGCAGUCUAUAGCUGAUCUAGCCACGGCAUGCCGCAGCAUGCUAGAAGCCUUGUCACGUGAAGGAGAUGGGACCCAAGGAGCAGACUCCCUGACAGAAGGCAAGCUAAAGGACAUGAAGGACAGUGACUCACCGGGCCACCUGGAGGAGAAGGUGUCCCAGCUGGAGGACAUGCUGAAGAGGCUGCAGGACGACUUGCAAAAGGAGAAGGAGGACAAGGCGGUGCUGCAGGCCGAGGUGCAGAGCCUCAGGCAGAAUAACCAGCGGCUGCAGGAGGAAUCCCAGAGCACCGUGGCCCGCCUCAUCAAAGUCACCGAGCUGCUGUGCAAUGUCAACAAGCCCUGCUAGCUCUCUCACAGUACACACUAUGUGUACACAGACACAAUAUAACACACACACACAAGAUCACACACAAACAAACUCACAUAAACAAAGGCAGACAUUCAAUAUUGUAUACAAACACCCAUGCACAAUACAUCAACAUACUCUAUUACUGUUGCUCACUGUAUAUUAAUACAGACACACACACACACAUGCAUAAUACUCUGCAUUCUGUAGAAUGACAUUUGAACUCUGGACCAGCCCAUGAGUGUCGAACCAACUGAAAAACAACCCUGAGUCAUUUCUCACCAUCUGAUGGUCUUCUCAAUAGCUUGACCAGUUGAGCAGCAUAUCCAGGGUUGCUCUUUGCCCAAUAGUGUGUUUCUUUGUACCGUGAGUGUGCGCGUGCGUGCAUCACCAUGGUUAUUUUAUCUUGCUUCACAUACUUGACAAGUUGGGCAGAAUAGCAAUUGCUUAAAGCUACCCAAUUGAUUUAGAUGAAGAGACACAUGUGCAGCAUGUUUGAUGGCUGUUUAUUUCAAUUGACCCAAAGUGUGUGUACAGUAUGUAAACAGUAGUCUCUCUCCUCUCUGCUCAACCCUCUCCAUGAUAUGCAACGUCUCGGACUGAGAACAAACAGCUCAGCUGUGCACCAUUAGAGUGGAGGGCCUUGGAGCUACAUAGGGAAAAUGACAUGCAUGCAGGCAGCCUGCUUGAAAAGACAGACUGAUGCAUACUGACCCUGCCUCUCUCUGCCAACCUGCUCACAGAAUGGUUAGUUCAUUGUGUAGAGACACUAUUCUCUCCCCUCCCUACCGCCUCAGCUUCAUUUGAAGGGUUGUGGACUUGAGUCGGCCAGUAACAGAGUAUUUCACAUCUGCUUUCAGGGAAUGAGAUGCAAUUUAGUUAUAAGGGAAUGGACUCACCGAAUGGACUCAGAGAGCUGGUGGUGUUCCGUGCAAGUAGUUGAGACGGAUAUGGAAGUGGAUAAUACCUUGGAUGAGGAUGAAACAAUGGAACUUUAUCCCUUAAAGACUGGCUGUAGAAGCUACACUGUAGAAAGUACGCCUCCUGCUGGACUGAGCCAUGCACUGCCACACAGCAGCUCUCCUUUCAAAGAAAAAAACAUUGUAGAGAUUUAAUGUAAACUGAACAGGAUUCCUUUAGUGAACACAGCCAUCUGUGUUCAAUUAUAUUUUGUGUUUGUUUGUUUGCUGGCUACAAUGAUAAUUCAGUGUAUUUGAAAGUCAUUUGGAAAGGUUCUAGAGUGGUUGACUGGGUGAGGGAUUCCCUCAUUUCAUCUUUCUGUGUGUGUACCUACUGUAUGUGUUUCUGCGUUGUUUUUGCACUUUUAGCAUAACCUAUAUGGGCAUGGGACAGGGCACUAUUUAACCUCCUGCCCAGGUUUAUGCCUUGCUUGAAAAAUGAAAGUGGAUUUGAUCUCACCCCACCUCAUCUUCAGGUCCACUGCUGAUGAUGCCAAUAACAAUAUGAGAUCAGAGGAGGACGGGAUUAUUCCUCCUCCAAGACUGUUCUGCCAAAAGACGCCAGGGCAGAUCUCCUACACCCCACUCAGACCACUGGACCCAGCUGUGACACACCCAAAAUAACUAGACUUAAAAUUUGGAAGGGAUGCCAAACAAUCGUCAAUCAUACUGUCUCAAUGCUACUUUUUAAAGACCUACCCUUUUACUUCCUCUUGUGAUUUUAUUUUAGAGUCACUGUGAUUGCCCGGUACCAGCAGAUUACCAUAUAUUCUAAUGAAAUAAAACAUCUAAACUUGAUCUAUAUGUGAAGAUGACAUGUACCAGCUGAAGUGUUCAAUGUUACUUAGCGCAUUCGGUUGUGUAUGCCGUCCAUUGCAGGAUGGUUUAAUAUGCAGACCAGUGUAAAUGUGGCCGAACAGGCUGUUUGAUCCAUGCUGUUUGAAAUGGUGAUGCCUUGUUGGAAAUGAUUAGCAGAGUUGAGAAGUGGAAGAAUAUCUGAUGUUUUACUGUGUUCUUCGGUAUAGUUCUUUAGAUUCUAGGAGGUUGUUGAAGCAUGAUACUGCACCAGGCAACUUCCUAGCUCCCCUCUGUGUGUGUGUGUGUGUGUAUGUAUGUAUGUAUAAAAAUGUAAUAACUUAUUAAUCUUGCAAAUGUGGAAUUCCUUGUUGGAUGUUUUAAUACAAGGGGGGAGGGAGGAAGCAAUUACAUGUGCUAAAAAGUUAAACUGGUAUGGUGGGGGUUGGUUUAAAGGAAUAAUCUUUUUUUGGUAGAAAUUCAAACACAAGAAGACAGCAGGAAAUAUAUUUCUGCAAUGUUCUAGUAUUUCUUGGGGGAAUAAUAUUGGUUAUCAUUAUCAUAUUACUAUUGAGCUAUUCAUUCAGAGCUCCUACGUUCACAUUCAAUAAGGUCUCUAAUGCCAACUAGGUAUGUGUUAAAGAGUGACUCCUCCACAGAGGACCGGACAGGCAACAUGGUCAGACUGGUUCAUGUGAAGGCUUCUCUCUCAGACAUUCUGCCUACCUGAAAGUGUAAUGAAUGGUAACUCAGCUUGGUGUCUUCAUUUCAGUUCUUCAUGGUAGCA